UUUACACUAGUUACAUUACAAGUUGGACAGGAUUCUUAAUUUGUUCAUUCUUGUAGAGAUCUGAUUACAGGGGAAAUCUUGUCAGCUGGGAAACUAAAGGGUUGUUUAGUUUCUAAAGGGUUGUUUGUAAGGUAAAAGUUUGCCAGCCAAUUUGUCAUAAAGUGAAAAAGCUAGUUGGCUAACUACCCGGCUUCAGUUUGCUAAUUAAAGUGAUAUAUAUUAGAGUUUAGGACAUUGUGGUUAUAUCCAGAGGGGUGUAAGAAUCCUGUGUAGACAGCAACACUAAAACAUUGUAAACUCACUUUGUCGCAUGGCCAAUGCCAAGAUGAGUUACCUGACUUUUCAAUAAUAUGUAGCCAAGGCAGUGUGUGAUUGGUCCUGCUAAUCUCUGCCACAUUCCUCUGGGAGGGGUUUUAUUGUGUGCUGAGAGGGAUGGAGACUGAAUGAGUGUUGUGCACUAUGGACUUGUGAAUGCCUCUAUUUAACAGGACUCCCGCUGUCGGCUCUCACAAGUGUUGUUCCUUGGGACUGAAUGAAGCAAGAAAGAUGAGUUCGACCAAAAUCACCAACAUCGACGCGGUGGAGCUGCAAGAAGGCAUCCAGAACGCAGCCUUUCAUGAGGAUGAUGAUGAUGAUACAUCUGAUGCAUCAAGCUUUCGAGAGCAGCAGGCCACCAGCGUGUCCGUCACCAGGCCGGAGGAGAACGAGUACACUCAGAUCAAGCCGUAUGCUGGGAUGCCCAAAGAGGUCCUGAUGUUAUACUCCAGCAAAGCCUGCUACCGCAUACCUCGAGAGAUUAUUUUCUGGCUGAUCGUCGCAUGCACCCUGGCCCUUAUUGCCAUGACCGUUACGAUCGUGGCGCUGUCACCUCGAUGCAUGAGCUGGUGGCAGCUGUCUCCGGUCUAUCAGGUUUAUCCACGAUCAUUCAAAGAUUCAAAUGCUGAUGGUGUUGGAGAUCUCAAAGGAAUCGAGGAGAAACUGAGUCAUUUUGAGUACCUGAACAUUAAAGCAGUCUGGAUCAGCCCUUUCUACAAGUCUCCUAUGAGAGACUUUGGAUAUGAUGUGGAGGACUUCAGGCAGAUCGAUCCCAUCUUCGGAACCAUGGAAGACUUUGACGACCUCCUGGCAAGCAUGCAUGACAAAGGUCUAAAGCUGAUCAUGGACUACAUCCCAAACCACACCAGCGACAAACACAUUUGGUUCCAACUUAGCCAAAAUGGUACAGAGCCCUAUAAAGACUACUACAUCUGGGUUAACUGCACACGAGACAAACCUCCAAACAACUGGGUGAGUGUCUUCGGGAAUUCCACCUGGGAGUAUGAUGAGGUGCGACAACAGUGCUAUUUCCAUCAGUUCCUCAAGGAACAGCCUGACCUUAACUACCGUAACCCUCGAGUCAUAGAGGAGAUGACGGACAUAAUCCAUUUCUGGCUGAAGAAGGGGGUGGAUGGGUUCCGCAUGGACGCUGUGAAACACAUGCUUGAGGCCACACAUUUGAGAAAUGAACCCCAGGUCGACCCUGACCAAGAUCCAUCGACUGUGGACACAGAGUUUGAGCUGUACCAUGACUACACCUACACACAACAGGGCUUACAUGAGAUCCUGACAAACUGGAGGAUAGAGCUGGACGACUACAGCAGAGAGCCUGGCCGCUACAGGUUCAUGGUGAUAGAGUGUUAUGAUUAUGAAGAAAUAGAUAAAACCAUGAGGUACUAUGGCACAAGCUAUGUCACUGAAAGCGACUUCCCCUUUAACUUCUAUCUCCUGUACCUUCCUGAUGAUCUGUCAGCAAAUCAAGCCAAACGCUUGGUUAAUUUAUGGAUGUCAAACAUGCCAAAGGGAAAAUGGCCAAACUGGGUGGUGGGAAACCAUGACAAGCCACAUAUAGGCUCAAGUGCUGGUACAGAAUAUACACGUGCUAUUGACAUGCUGUUGUUAACACUGCCUGGAACUCCCACAACAUACUAUGGAGAAGAGAUUGGCAUGGUGAACGUAAAUGUAUCUGUAAUUCAGGAUCCUUUUGGACAGCAUGAUCCAAGCAACAGUCGGGACCCGCAGCGAACACCAAUGCAGUGGGAUGAUAAGCUCAAUGCUGGUUUUAGUGACAGUGAAAAUGGCACAUGGCUAGACAUCGCUCCAGACUACAGCACUGUCAAUGUGGAGCUUCAGCAGGCUGAUACGCACUCCACCAUUUCACAGUAUCGUGCUCUGAGUUUGCUCAGAGGGGCUGAGUUGUCACUGUCCCGAGGCUGGUUCUGCUUCGUCUGGAGCGAUGUCAACGUAUUUGCUUAUUUGCGUGAGCUGGAUGGGCUCAACAAAGCCUUCCUGGUGGUUCUAAAUUUCGGCAAGGAUACUACAACAGACUUGUCUUCAGUUACUGAGUUGCCAGAUAUUCUUACUGUGCAUUUAAGCACAGUGCCAAUAAGUCAAAAGACUUUCUGUAAAUCCAGAAUUCCAACAUCUCAAGGGCAAGGACUGCUCCUGGAAUAUUCCACCAAUCAGCGCUUCCACCCCAACCAUGCAUCUGAGUGCUAUAUUUCUGAGAAAGCCUGCUACUUGCCUGCACUAGAUAUUUUGUACAAGUGUUGAAGAUACUUUCUAGAAGACGUGUCUUGAGCGACACAGUGACAAACGAUAAAGGCUAUCUAUUCCUUGUUUUAUUUCGGUGAUGUCAUGCUGGCUAGUCCCGC